GUGUAGCGGGAAACAUAUUUACUGACGCAGUCACCAUAGCCAUACACUGACAUAGCUCCUACGAGGGGACAUCCCCAAGAUCAGAUUUUUCCACGCUUCAGAUUUCAAACCAUGACUCCCCCAACCUGGGAAGCUGAUAAAAUGUUAGAUGUGUAUAUUUAUGAUUAUCUUGUGAAGAGACAAUUACAUGCUUCUGCUAGAAUAUUUCAAGCUGAAGGAAAUGUUUCAACGGAUCCUGUUGUUAUAGACGCACCAGGUGGUUUUCUCUUUGAGUGGUGGUCUGUCUUCUGGGACAUGUAUAUUGCCAGGGUAACCCAGAAGCACUCAGAAGCAACAGCAUCUCUCAUCAAGAAUCAGCAAAUUAAGGCUCGAGCAAUUCAGAGGCAACAAGAGCAAGAGCUUCAGAAUGCAAGCCAGAAUCAACAUAUGCAAAUGCAACUCUUAUUUCAAAGACAUGCUCAGCAGCAGCAACAUCGUCUGGGUGGACCUAUUAGCAAUGAUCCUUUGAUGAGGCAGGAUCGGGGUAAUUCUAAUGCUGUGGCAACAAAAACAUAUGAGGACAGGUUGAAGCUCCCACUUCAGAGAGACACUUUAGAUGAUGCAAGCAUUAAGCAAAAAGCAGCUGAUGAUGUUGGUCAGCUUUUAAAUCCGAACCAUGCCUUAUUGUUUAAAGCAGCAGGAACAACUGGUGAACAGGCUACAGGACAGACAUCACUCAGUGCACCAAUCAUUGUACCGGGAAAUAUUCAACAUGUUCAAAAUCUAAACCAGAAACAUCCAGGGUCUACACAAGACAUAAAGAGUGAUAUGAUCAAUGCAAUGAUGAGGUCUCAAGCUGUUGAUUCAGAAGGAUCCUUUAUGGGUUGUCAUGGUUCAAAUCAAGGUGGUAGCAAUUUGACUUUGAAAGGAUGGCCCCUAGCAGGAAUGGAUCAGCUUCGCUCAGGAUUUCUCCAGCCAAAUAGUUUGAUUGAGUCUCCACAAUCUUUCAAUCAACUUUCUCUACGGCAGCAACUUAUGCUUCAAGCACAACAAAAUUUGAUUUCUCCUUCUGUCAAUGAUUUUGAGAGCAGAAGACUCAGGAUGCUUUUUAAUAAUCAAAACAUGGGUAUUGGGAAAGAUGGCCAAUCAAAUUCUUUAGGUGAUUUAAUGCCAAAUGAUGGAUCAUCUGCACAAGUUUAUUCCUCAGUGUUGCCCCAUCAAGACUCGGAUAUGCUCCUUAAGCAACAAAUUCAAAAGAGUAGCCAGCAGCUUCAACAAUAUUCACAGCACCCUCUUUCAGGCCAGCAGUCUGAGAGUCUCCUGCAAGAAAAAAUUGGUCAUGGAAGCAUGACAAUAGAGGGCAAUGUGUCCAAUACCUUACAAGGAAACGAUCAGGCUUCCAAAAGUAAAACAGUGCGAAAGCGAAAAUCAGCAUCAUCUUCAGGUCCUGCCAAUAGCUCUGGAACUGCAAACACAACAGGACCACCUGCCAGCUCACCUUCUACACCAUCUACACAAACACCUGGGGAAAUGAUGACAGUGUCAACUCUGCAAAAUAAUGUUCCUUCCUCUAAGUCAUCAUUUAUGUUUGGCACUGAUAGUUUGGGCACACAGAAUCAAUUGGCUGAUAUGGAUCACCUUGUGGGUGAUGGAUGUUUGGGUGACAGUGUUGAUUCAUUCUUAUCUGCUGAUGAUACAGGUGUUGGCAAAGAAUUCUCAUUCAAGGAAAUCAAGCAUAUAAUGGCAAGUUCACACAAAGUUGAGUGUUGUCACUUCUCAUCGGAUGGAAAACUUCUUGCUACCGGUGGCCAUGAUAAAAAGGCUUCUUUGUGGUGCACAGAACAGUUUAACCUGAAAUCUACACUUGAAGAGCACAGUGAAUGCAUAACUGAUGUUCGAUUUUGUCCAAGCAUGUUGCGUGUUGCUACAUCCUCAGCAGAUAAAACUGUUAGGGUUUGGGAUGUUGAAAAUCCUAGUUUUUCUCUUCGAACAUUCACAGGUCAUGCAACAACUGUGAUGUCACUAGAUUUUCAUCCAAGCAAAGAGGACCUUAUUUGCUCUUGUGACAAUAGUGAGAUAAGAUACUGGAGUAUUAAUAAUGGUAGUUGUACUGGGGUUUUCAAGGGUGGUGCAACUCAGACGAGAUUUCAACCUUCUUUGGGAAGGCUUCUUGCAGCUGCAGCAGAUAAUCUCGUUUCCAUUUUUGAUGUUGAAACCCUGGGUUGCAGGCUUAAGUUACAGGGCCAUAAUAAUGUUAUCCGUUCUAUGUGCUGGGAUUUGUCGGGCAAACAUUUGGCUUCUCUUAGUGAUGAUCUGGUUAGAGUAUGGAACGUUGGAUCUGGAGGCAAAGGAGAAUGCAUGCACGAGUUGAAUGCAUCAGGGAACAAAUUCAGCACCUGUGUUUUCCAUCCCUUCUAUCCUUUGCUGGUCAUUGGCUGCAAUGAGACUCUUGAGCUGUGGGACUUCGGUGAGAACAAAACAUUGACUCUACAUGCACACGACAAGGUUGUAUCUUCCUUGGCAGUAUCAAAUGUUACUGGAUUUCUGGCUUCAACUAGUCAUGACAAGUAUUUCAAGAUCUGGAAGUGACUAGCAUUUUGCCCCAUGGUGUUGACAGUGUAAAUAGAUAUCGGGUUUCACCAAACAUACUAGGUUUUCUUUUGUCCCUUUUGUUCUUUCUUCGUUAUAUAGAUCCCUCCAACAGUGAAAGGGAUGUUUUGGAUUUUAGUCUGGUCCCUGAUUGCUAAUACAAGUCAUACGAGCCCUGUGAAAAUUUUCCCUACACUUGGUUUAGACAUAGAAAAGGGUAUACGAUGAAAGUGUUACCUCAAGUACGCUUAGUGAUACAUGUUUUGAAUUUUUACUUGGGAAAUAUCAUUGCUAUUUAGUAAAUUUA